AACAGCUUUUGAAGAAGGGUUGCAGUCAACAUUAGAACAAGACUGUUAAUCAUCCUUCACUAUUCAAUCACUUGUCUUUCGGCUGUUCUUUAUUACUCUUCACUCAUUAUCCUGUCCAACUCCUCUAUCACUAAAACACAUUUGCGAUUCACAGCGUUUAUAGCUGUCACCCGUGAUUUCUAUGAGCUCAGACCGACUGAUUGCGUCAGAAGCAAGCCUGAGCAAGAAACGGAAAUCGUCUAGCGUAGCCGCGCGUCCCUCUGAAUCAGCCACUGGUGAGGGGUCUUCGUCUCGCGCCUCUGCCUCUACUUUAUCCCUCUCUUCCUCCUCUUCCUCUCCCAAACCCUCCUCCUCUUCAACCACACUUCCCUACAAAGUUCUCCCUGCCAACCCUCUUGAACACUCUUUUGCGCGUGCACGCGAACUGGAAGACAACAAACGAAGACGUACCGCUUCCAAUAAUUCUUCUUCAUCUACCGUGAAUAGCAGACAUAUCGGGGACGAGAACAGCAAUAGUAAAAUGUCGAUUGAUCCUCAAAAAGCGUUUUUCCCCACUACGAACUCAGCUUCAAGUUCUACAGGAAUUGGGCUAGGUCGUGCUGGUCCCAGAACAGGAGACACAUUGAAAACAGUUUCACUUAAUGGGAUGAAAGGCAGUGCACCAGUCGUCCGUCGAACGGAUGUGCAAGGAAGACAGCCUGUUAAAAAGCUGGUCAUCAAGAAUUUUACAGUGACGCCGGAAUUGCCCAAGGAUUACGAACUAGAACGAUGGAAGGUGCUCCAGCAGGCUAUCCAUGCCAUUCAGGAAUCCAAACCUGUGACUUCAUCAUUAGAAGAGCUCUACAGGACAUGCGAGAAUUUGUGUCAUCAAAAGUAUGGUGAUACGCUUUAUAAGAAACUGUCUGCCGAGGUCGAGACUCAUAUCCAUAAGGUUGUAGAACGCCUGUUAAACAGUAACCUCGACCAGGAUACAAUCCUAGAGGCUGUUCAUACCGCAUGGGCAGACCACUGCCGGCAGUUAAUCAUGAUCCGUAGCAUCUUUCUUUAUCUCGAUCGUACAUUUGUCUUGCAAACGCAAGGUGUAUCCAGUAUCUGGGAUAUGGGCCUAGAUCUUUGGCGGCGAUUAGUUAUGAACCAGCAGGAGAUCCGAACCAAGGUUUUAGCAGGAAUCCUUCGUUUAAUCGAUAAGGAUCGUGGAGGCGAUAUCAUUUCGCAACCCCUCAUUUUAUCGCUGCUGCGUAUGCUCACGGACAUCAACUUAUAUGCAUCAGUCUUUGAGACGCCGUUCUUGCAAAAUUCCCGCCUGUACUAUCACGUUGAGGGCGAAACUAAUGUACACCGGUUCACAGUCCCAGAGUACCUCCGAUAUGCACAGCAGAGAUUAGUGGAGGAGACAAACCGUUUCGAGGGAUAUCUUGACAAGUCCACACGAGGUGGGUUGAUUUCUGCUGUAGAAGGCGAAUUGCUCGAAAGAUGGACAGACAUGCUAUUGCAAAAGGGAUUCGAGAGUGUUAUGGUGGCCCAUAGCUUACAGGACCUGAGGUUGUGGCAUGAUCUUUUGACGAGGGUGAAUGGUCUGGAGAAAUUGAGCAUUCAUUUUGGUAACUAUGUCAAAAAAACGGGCAAAGCUCUAGUAAUAGAUCCUUCACGAGACGACCAAAUGGUCGAAGGCCUUUUAAAAUUCAAGCAGGAAGUGGAUGAGGUUGUUAGCAACUGCUUCCAGAACUCGGAGCUCUUCCUAAACGUUCUUAAGGAAUGCUUUGAGUCUUUCAUUAAUACACGACAGAACAAGCCUGCAGAGUUAGUAGCCAAAUACCUGGACCUUCGAUUGCGCAGCGGAAAUAAGGACUUAACGGACGAGGAAUUGGAAUCGACAUUAGAUAGAGUCUUGAUUCUCUUCCGCUAUAUUCAAGGCAAAGAUGUGUUCGAGGCCUUUUAUAAGCGUGAUCUGGCUAAACGAUUAUUACUGAACAAGAGUGCCUCGUUUGAUGCGGAGAAGAGCAUGUUGAGCAAAUUGAAAGCUGAGUGCGGCGCUGGGUUUACGACAAAGCUGGAGGGCAUGUUUAAAGACAUGGAUAUUUCUAAAGAUAUUAUGGUCAACUUUAGGGCAAGCAAAAUGUAUAACAAAAUGGGAAAUUUGGAUCUCCAUGUUAAUGUCCUAACACAAGGCAACUGGCCUACUUAUCCGCCAGCGGAGGCCAACAUCCCUGACCAGAUUUCACAAUGUCAGGAAGUGUUCAAAGAGUUUUAUCUUUCCAAACACAAGGGAAGGCGGCUGAUGUGGCAAAACUCACUUGGCCAUAGUGUUGUCAAAGCUCAUUUCCCAUCGGGCACCAAGGAAUUGCAACUUAGUUUAUUCCAGGCCAUCAUCUUACUAUUGUUUAAUGAUGUUGAUGAAUCCCAUCUGUCGUACAAAGAAAUCAAACAGCUCUCGAACAUCGAUCCUAAAGAAUUAGAUCGAACACUUCAGUCUUUGGCGUGUGGAAAAUAUCGUGUCCUUGUGAAGCACCCCAAAUCAAAGGAUGUCUCUGAGACAGAUGAGUUUUCGUUCAAUAAGGACUUUACAGCAUCGCUGACCAGGAUCAAAAUUAAUGCGAUUCAACUCAAAGAGACACAAGAGGAGAAUGCAUCGACGAACGAGCGUAUCUUCCAGGACCGACAGUUCCAAGUCGAUGCAGCAAUUGUUAGGAUCAUGAAGACACGAAAGCAGCUUUCCCAUACACUGCUCAUGAGUGAGCUAUUCGAGCAAUUGAAGUUUUCUAUUAAGCCUACGGAUCUGAAAAAGCGUAUUGAGAGUUUGAUCGAUCGCGAUUACCUAGAACGCGACAAGAAUGACCAGAGUCUGUAUAAAUACGUAGCUUAAAGAGUUACCUACUUGCGCGUUUUGUUAGUGCUGUAAAUAUUUGUCCUUCUUUGGAUGCUGAUAAAAAAAAACCUCUUUUUGGUUAUUUUUUUGGAAUAUGAAAUUUAAAUAAACAAAUAAAGAAUGCUG